ACGUUACAAUCUAUUGAUUAUGUCAUUAUGAUACUAUUAUUAUGUCAUUAUUUUCCAAAACUCAGAAAAACUUUAUAAUAAGGGUCAAUUAGAAUAAGCAAUGAAGGAAAAACGUAGAAUUUGUUCUUUAUUUCGAAGCAGAUGACGUUAGAUACUUCACAAUGUCUCUAAGAUCCCUAACUAUCUACGAGCAACGAUUCCUUUUAUCUAAUCGAUUCGUUCAGUUUGUAUUAGGAUUACACCCGAGUCAAGAUUCGACUAAUCAAUUGUUGCAAUGGUGUACAAUAGCUGUCUAUCUAAUACCAAUGAUUGCUCAUCAGUUUUAUCAGCUUUCCAUGGAGGAUCUUAAAUUGCAAUCCAAUUUCAAUUUGCUGCAAAAGGUGUUAAGUGCUUUGUGCAUUCUUUGCACUUACAGCGCCGUUUAUUUUCGUUCCGCCACAAUAAAAAAAUUAUUCGCCUAUCAUAAACGUGAUUACGAACAAUUCUCGAACGAGAAGGAAAUAUUUAUAUACGAGAAAUAUACGAGAAAAAAUAAAUUAUUUACUAUUAUAUUCGUGGGUAAUGUAUUAAAUGUUUUCCGUUAUAUCAUUGGAUCAAUUGACGAUGUCCAAUUAACAUUACCCCUUCCUGUCAAUAACAUUUUCAACGCAGGACUAUUAUAUUAUAUUUUGCUCAUUUAUCAAAUAAUAGCUAUCUUUAUACUGUUAACAAUAACUUGCAUCUGUUAUUCAUCUUAUUUGCUGGCAAUACAACACGCAUGUAUAAAAUUUAGCGUUCUAAUAUUUAAAAUACGUCAAUUGUAUAAUGAACAGGAAUGUAAAAGUAAGACUUCGUGUAAUAUAACGUAUCAGGAGGAAUGGGAAUGGAUGGUCGAUAUAAUAAAACGUUAUACAACAAUAACGGAGUUAAUGUUGCAAUUAUCAACGUUAUUGCAAAAUAUAAAUGAACUGGUUGAAUGUCUCAUUAUCACUAUUGGAUCUGUACUGACUAUAUAUAUUAAUUUUUACAUUGGACAAAUGCUUAUUAAUCAUAGUAAUGAAGCUUACGAAGAAUUAUAUCAAGUUCCAUUUUAUAUGCUUUCGAUAAAUACUCAAAAGCUUUUCUUAUUCACUAUAACAAAAAGCAUGAGACCUUGCGAAAUAUCAAUCGGCGGUGUAUUUAUAGCAUCGAAUGAAAUUUUUUCUGGGCUACAAAACAAGCCGCUUUUUAACCAAGUGUCCUACAUCGUGGUUGGACGACGACUGAAUGAAUGCGAGAGUAGCUGUUCGAUCAAUGAACGCUAUUGCGCAUGA